AUUAUAGAAAAGCCGUUAUAAAUAAUUGAUUAGAAAUAUCCCGGAAUCUCCAUUAGCGGCAGACGACGUGAAGAGAGGUUGACGGGAAGAAGUACUCUUGUCAUUUUCCAUUUUUUACCGUGAUACAGAUGUUUCCCGUGGCCCUUCUUCCCGCACAGGAACAUGGAGAGAAAGGCCCUGAUUGACUGGACGAAAUAAACCAAGAAUUCUCAUUGGUCAGGCACACCUGGUGCUGUGAUUGGCUCAUGGGAGACACUAAAAUCUGACUGACUGAUCAAAGCAACUCUGAAAUCUGGGCAGUGUGUGUGGCCAGAGGAGCCCACCAGCCUGUGCAUGAGUGUGUACCUGUGUGUGGCUGGCUGGGUGACGCAGGAGCUGGCUGGCUGUAGAUGUACACAUUAGCACUGGAUACACACCCAAGAGACAGUUCAAAGAAUACAUACACAGACACAUGUAUACAGACACACGUCAAGCAAUAUAAGAAAAGUGCAUUUGAAUUUUAAGAUAACAAGAGUAAACUAAAACACAACUCAUACAUACACUCAUCAAGCAAUAUAAGAAAACUACACUUAAAAUCUAAGCCACCAAGAAUCACAUAACACACACACACACACACACCACCAUUUACCGGCAGUUCAGGCGUUGGGUAGCCAUGGCUGACCACCCUGAGGACAACGACCCUUUUGAGGAGGACAUAGUCUUUGAUGAGGCAGGUCUCCUUGGGGGAAAGAUGCCUCGCGCUCGUCGGCAGGCAACCGCUGGCUUCCUCCCAACCUUCAUGCUCUUCAUCCGCACCGUGUUCCUCUGCAUUGCCUUCCUGGGGCUGGGCCUGUGUGUGUCGGUGAGCGGCGGUCCACUCAUCAAGCUGGAGAUGAGUGUUGGGGUUCCCGAGAGCACAGCGUUCCAUGUGUUCACAGCACGGUCUGUCGGCAUGCUGCUUGGAGGAGCUUUAGGUUCGGUCUUGUUUGAGGUGUACAACCGCCAGUUUCUGCUCUCUGUGAGUUUGGUGUGGGUGGCAGCAGCGGUGACAGUGCUGCCUUUCACCGUACCAGCAGCUCUAUGGUGGACGCUGGCAUCCACGGCUGCCCUUGGCACUGGUCUGGCCUUCCUUUUCACUGGAGGCAAUGUGCUGUGCCUGGACCUGUGGGGGCGGCGGCAGGGCAGCGCGGCACUGCAGGCUCUCCACUUCAGCUUCUCCCUGGGGGCGUUGGUGGUGCCUCUGGUGGUGCAGCCUUUCUUCUCAGGCCUGCACCCCGUUGAGACCACCACUGCCAUUGCCACCACCACGCCACUCGCCACAGAGAUCACAGCACUGAUGAGAGCCGCCAGAUCAGCAACACUGCAGGAGAUGGAACCACACACCUGGACCAAUUUAAAUGAUAAGGACCUGCUCUGCAUCACCUUCCCUGGAGGAAUAUGCCAAAAUGCCACCACAGUAUCCAGCAUGAACCACACCACCACAACAACCAUGCCACCACCCUCCACCCCCAAGACACCCAAGAAGAAGCCAGCAUACACCAAUGGUGACCAUCUUGAUCCUGAUGACAAGAUGACCAAGUGGACCAAAGCUCCUCCACCUCCACCUCCCACCUUACCACCGACCACACCACCAACCACACAGAAGGCACACACCACCACUCAGUCUCCUGCAGCCACAGAUGCUCACAACACCUCUGCAAAUGGAACCACUGCCGUUACUGCUCCUUCCUUUGCCAAUGCUGGUCAGAGUGGUAAUGUCAACACCACCAACAGUAGCAGCACAGGACUUCCACCUUCCUUUAGCCACACUAAUUCUGUUCCUACCACUACCACCACUACUACUCCUGCUACUACUGCUGCUGCCACUACUACUACCACUACUACUGCUGCUGCUGCUGCUGCUACCACUACCACUACUACUACUUCCACCUCUGCAACCACUACUACUGCUACUACCACUACUCCCACUACUACCACUACUCCCCCAACUACAACAACUCAUCCUACCACUACCACCUCUACUACUGCUGCAACUACCACCACCAAAGCUCCUCCACCAGUCACUUCACGUCCAGCCACCACCACACCCAAGCCUAAACCUACCACAACCACCACUACUACCACUACCCCUACCACUACUGCUGCCACCACCACCACCACCACCACUACCACUACCACCCCAUCCACCAUCACCACACAUGACCUGCCCCAUGCAGUGAACCAUGGGGAGGUUGGUGGAGAGGAAGCGAUGCUGCUGACGUCUGAGGUGCAGAAGUACGAGGUGCAGGACCUGCGGGAGAGGCUGCCGGAAGAGGAGAGCAGCGUGGGCACGCCGUCCCUCAAGCCAGGCACCUUCAGCAAUGCCAGCGAUGACAAGUCCCGCUUCCUGGAGCACAUGGCGCAGCGCCUCGGAGACUAUGGGGUGACACGGGUGCACCUCGCCUACAUCAGCAUUGGCAUCCUGGUGGUGGUGGAUGCCCUGGUGUCCGUGGUGGUGCUGUGCCACCACCCACGGGAGGCGCGCUCCAGGCAGGAGGGCGGCCCCAUGGCCACUGCCCGCCCCUCACGCGCCCUGCUCUUCACUGUGCUGUUCUCUGCCUUCAUGUUUGCAGCAGAGGCUCUGCAGGGAGCCCUCCACCACCUGCUGGCCUCCACAGAGACUGGCUCAGGGCUACCCCUCCUCUGGGGUGGAGGGGAAGAGGGGCCCAAUGGCCAGGUGGUGUUUUGGGGGUUGGUGUGUCUGGUGCGUUUCCUGUGCAUCCCAGCAGCCGGCUGUGUGGGGCCACCCGGCAGACUGCUGGGGGCAGCAGUGGUCUUCUCAGUGGCUGGCGCGUCCUUCAUGGUGGUGGGUGCAUCAGGGAAGCAGGACUUUGUGUGGGCAGGUGUGGUGUUCCUGGCUGUAGGGUGUGCACCAGUGCUGCCCACCAGCCUGCUGUGGAUGGCCCAGCACAUGAGAGUGACCCACCGCCUGUGUGCCCUCAUGGUGGUGGUGGCCUCCUUUGGCAACACCCUCACCCACUCCCUGCUGGCCGAGGUGAUGGGACACCCGCCCACCCAUGCCUUUGUGCUGCUGGGCCUGGCCAUGGCCUCUGUUGUGCUGCUCUCCGCCUCAGUGUGUGCCUUGCAUGCCGGCCAAAAUAAUCCCAACCUGGGGGCACCUGUGGGGUACCAGCUGGCCAGCCAGCAUGAGGAGGACAGCCUGGAGCUGACACCCUCUGCCAGUGUGGUGUUCACCCCCGCUGAUGCCGCGUCACACGAGGGGGGCGAGGCAGGCCAAGCUCUGCUCAUUGACUAGCAGCCAUGCUCACACCCUUUACACACUCACUUGUACACACACACACUUACAUGUUCACACUCACACACCGCCACAUGUGCACUCGUAUACGCACACUCAUGGACACAAAGGAGUGUCUAGCAUUAAGUGCAAGAGGAGCUGCCCAGCAGACCCUCGCCUCUGUGUUCACGCCCAGCAAGCCUUCCCCUCACCGCCUUGCCUCCCACACUCACCUCCCACACUGAUCAGUAUUCCCACCCGUGCCCCAGAGGAGGGAACUCAGCCACUGGUAUGGUGAAGGAAUCUGAACUGUAGCCUUGGCCCUUGCCCUCUCACUGCCCUUGUCAUCCCUCCAGCAGGGGACACGUUCUGUACACCCACAGCCUUCGCUCCACCAAGCUGCUGUUGUGUUACCUCUGUGCCAUCUUGCCACCACGCCCACAGCAUUCCGCCCAGCGUGUGUGUGAGGCGUGGACCCUGUGUGUGUGUGUGUGUGUGUGUGUGUGUGUGAGAAGAAGCAAUCCCUCAUGUGACUAAAAGACAAUAAUAUAGCUAGCAGUCAUUGGGUAUCUCAAUGUACACACUAUAUCAAGCUUGUUGUGAGAGAGAGAGAGAGAGAGAGAGAGGUGUAUACUACUUAGCAUCAUUCCUAAAUCUCUCCACUGUCAUUCCACUGUACACAUUCUCUCCCUGACUUCUCCAUUGUAUAUCAUUUCCCUCCCAGUGAGAGUUAUGUAUGUGAUUAUGUUUGUCGUUCAAAUUAUAAGUUUUUACAUAUGUAUUUAUAAGGUUCAUUCCAUAUUAUUUUUGUAUAUAUAGAUGUAUGUGUAUGUAUGUAUGUAUGUAUGUUUGUACCUUAUGUAUUGCCUUAAUAUAUUUUGCCACUACUGUAUGUACUAUUUGGUGACUUCAUUUAUAAGUACUUGCUUGUAAAUGACCAUGAAAACUACUACACACUUAUAUACAAACAAACAGAGAGAGAGAGAGAGAGACCAACAAAACUAGUCAGGCAUGUGAGCGUAGUGUGUGUGUGUGUGUGUGUGUGUGUGUGUGUGUGUGUGUGUGUGUGUGUGUGUGUGUGUGUGUGUGUGUGUGUGUGUGUCCUCUUUUACUACAUAUUACUUGGUGUACACCGUCCCGUGUCUGUCGUAGUAUCAGCAUCAGCAUCAGCAGCAGGGUCAGUGUUUAUUUUAUAUACUCUGAUCUGGUA